AUGGAGUCCUCUCCUCUCACUCAGCAGACACGGCCUGAGACGUUUCAGCCCAAGAUAGUGAAGUUAUACGAGACUCUACUAUUUAACUCAGACUAUGCACAUCCCACAGAGGGCUUCUGGCGGGAGUUUUUCCUCCUACAGCCAGAUCGAGCGUAUCUAUCAAAAAUGAUAGGUAGUAUUAGUCCUCAUGACAUUCUACAUCUUCAAGCCCAAACACAGCAACUCUUCGCUCGUGCUAUCAAAGAAGCAGCCUCUGAUAAUGCUGCAACAAGUGUUAACGCCUUGGAGAUUUUAACUGCUUUCCUAGCCAGUGCAUUAUCAAAGAAGUAUACCAACCCAAGUUCGGACAUCAUUACAGUCCUCGCAGGCCUCGAUGAAGUUGAUUAUAUUUGUUCCGAGUUUGUAUCCGUACUGGAUUCAAUCAUACGGAAUGGAAGUUCAUUGGAUGUUCGGUUAAAAGCAAUCGAUACGGCGCUGGCAAUGGUUGGCGGGGCAUAUAAAACAGGCGUUAUGUCUUACUUUAUUCAUCGAGACCUCUUUCCAUCACUGAUGAAGUUCAUCCACGAUUCUGAUACCCACACUCAAGUCUUAAGGCCUUUCUUGUUACUUGGUCUCCUGGCUAAUUACAACAAAUUUGAUUUUCAAAAUCCUUAUCAGUUACGGCUGAACGAUUUCGUAAAUGAAACUGCGAUACAAAAGGUUGUUAGGGGAGCCGGUGUGGCAUGCGCGUCCCUUAGGAACUCAUAUAUCGCAGUUCAAGAUGACCUUCCUGAAGGCUGGAACUGGAAUACAACUCUGUCGUUUUUCAGCUUUGGUUUCUUCUCACCAGCAGGAAAACCCCAAAACCAGCCUCUUACUGCGGAAGAGAUGAAGGAGCGUUUUAAGGCGCUCCCAUCACCUGAAGCAGCUGUUUUAUUAGCCACAUAUGACUUUGUAAAUGCGAACAAACUCUUUGGUCAUACCUUAGUGACUACUAGCGCCGAGAAGAGGGCCGAGGAGGCUCCAUUUGCAAGCUUCCUCUCAUUGACAUCAUACUUACUGCAGCAUGCAUACCGUUCAACGCGAGUGGCGCUGUAUGCAGAAGCCAACCUCUUCUCGCUUCGGAACCUAGUGGAAGAUCCAGUCAUCUGUAAACAAAUUUGCAGUGACGAGAAUAAUGCUAGGGUGAGGCUUUGCCGUCAACGAUCUCCGCACCUCCCAUUAGUGAAUGGGGAGAGAGUUCUCGCAACUGUCAUAUUUGACAUUCUAAUUGAUACCAUAAACCAUAACCUCCGUCGGAGUCUUGACACGUAUCUAUACAGCCACACGAUCAUCGUACUUUUCCGCCUUCUCACAUACGCAUCCUCCAACAAAGUCCGCUUCUCAUACCACUGGUCUGAGCUCUGGAGAGCCCUUCUUACGUUCACACGCUUUUUAACUACCUAUUCAACGGACCUUAUGCACAGUCCACAUAUCCGAAUUCUCACAGCAGACCUAAUCGACCUCAUAACGUUUUGCAUAUCCGCUGGAGAUACUUUUCUUCCCGACCCGUCAUCUUAUGACGAUCUUUUCUACAAAGUCGUAGAAGCUGACUCCGUUCUAAAGCGUUUCCGUGACGUUUACAAGCAUCUCUCCGCCCCAUCCUCCCACACCACCAAUUCAACUCUCUCAAUUAAUGCUCUAAUCAGCGUUUCAACCCACUUUCACUCUCUAUUAUUCGUGUCUGACUCAGCGGAUACAUCUCGCCCUGGUAGCAAGAGUGGUGAAUCACCAACGGCUUCCCCUCCUCCAGCCGCAAGGAAGAAAAGGCUUAGCCCAAGAGAAGUCCAUCAGAUCAUCAAGGAAGGCUACUCAACGCUUAGCAUUCGAGCAAAUGAUGAUUUGACCAAUUGGGAAAAGUGGCGCGAUGCAGAUUGGAAACCACAGUUAAAGCGGAUCACUAGAGCCGCAGUGGAGGACGUCAUUACAAUAAUAUCCCAGCCGGAACAGCCACAUACCUUAAUGGAGACUAAACACAAACCGAGUGGGUAA